AGGCAUGAUGAAGCGCCGGGAAGGCGCAAGAUGUCACAGUGUGCAGAUGUUCCUAUAUUGCUUUGCCAUCUGCUGCAGCAGGAGCGACAGAGGAGGAAGCAGCUGCGGAGCCGAAGAGCGAGGAAUGCCUUGAACCAGACAAACGCUGCCUACCAGAACCAUGCCAACAUCCCGGCCAGGCCAGGGCCCUCCAGGACCCACCGGCAGCUGGCUCUCCCCGGGACCCCAAGGGGAGGCAGUGCGGCGGGAGAGGAGCCCAGAGCUGGCUCUGUUGUAACCGUUCCCAGCACAGCUGGAGUGGGGGCUGGACACCGUGCUGCCAUCUGGGGAUCUCAGCUGGACAGCGGCACCAGUGCAGUGUCGCGCCAUCAGCCACUGCUGAGCACCCACCACCCUGGUGUCACCAGUGAUUCCUCACGGGAUACAGCCCUGGGAGCCAAACUGGGGCUGUCCAAGCGGUGGGGUGGGCAGCGGGGCGGGCAGGUGGCUGCUGCCCGCAGGCACAGGGCACAUUCCCACCUCACCACCCACAGCACGGCCUCGCUGCCCGCUGCCCGCCGCUGCUGGGCCUGUGCUCGGGAUUAAAGGCUGUACCCGUGGCUGUGCCUCUGUGUGGUGACACUAGUUUUCAUCCUGCCAUUCCCCUGGGGCUCCUCCUCAGCCUCCAGCCUGCCCAGAGGCUGCUGGCACCCAGCCCCAGGCCCCGGCACCAUGACGGUACCUCAGCCCUGCAGGCUCCGUUGUGCUGCAGGCCCCAUCACCACGGCGUCCACUCAGGCCCUAUCUCCAUGACAUCCCUUCAGGCCCCAUGCCCUCAGGUCCAUCGCCAUAGUGUCCCUUUAGGCCCCAGACUCUCAGGCCUAUCACCACUGCGUCCCCUCUGGUCCCAGUCCCUCAGGCCCUGUCGCCAUGAUGUCCCUUCACGCCCUGUCCCCUCUGGCCCAUCGCCCUGCCCCCUCAGGUCCUGCCAUGUCCCCUCAGGCCU